UCUUCGAAAAUGUUCGUACGUACACUUCUGGUUCUAGCCCUAGUGGCAGUCUGCUGCGCAUCCUCCAUUCCCCGCACGGUAGUCCAUCCUAAGGAUCUUCCUAUUCAGCACCUGGGCAUCCAGGGUCGUAUCACUAAUGGAAAUCAGGCGUCUGAGGGACAAGUGCCCUAUAUAGUGGGCGUUAGCUUGAAUGCCAAUGGAAACUGGUGGUGGUGUGGUGGCUCUAUUAUUGGUCACACCUGGAUCCUUACUGCUGCCCAUUGUACUGCAGAGGCAAACGAGGCUAUCCUGUACUACGGAGCCACCAACUACAACCAGCCUUCUCUGAGACACACCGUCGGCCGGGAGAACUUCAUCAUGUAUCCCGAUUACCGUGGUCUUGAUCAGGAUAUCUCUCUGAUCCGCACGCCCCAUGUCGAUUUCUACAGCCUGAUCAAUAAGAUCGAGCUUCCCAGCCUGGACGACCGGUACAACUCCUAUGAUAACUCCUGGGCCCAGGCCGCUGGCUGGGGCGCCAUUUACGACGGUAGCAAUGUGGUUGAGGAUCUCCGAGUUGUGGACUUGCGAGUUAUUUCUGUGGCCGAGUGCCAAGCUUACUACGGUACCGAAACCGCCUCUGAGAACACCAUCUGUGUGGAGACUCCCGACGGAAAGGCCACUUGCCAGGGUGAUUCGGGUGGCCCCCUGGUCAGUUUGGAUGGAAACAAGCUGAUUGGAGUCACCUCCUUUGUUUCCGAUUACGGUUGCCAGGUGGGAGGACCUGCCGGAUUCACUCGUGUGACCAAAUACCUGGAAUGGAUUAAGGAGGAGACAGGGCACCGCUUUCAGUCUUCGAAAAUGUUGGGACGUUCACUUCUGGUUCUAGCCCUAGUGGCCGUCUGCUGCGCAUCGUCCAUUCCGCGCACGGUUGUCCAUCCUAAGGAUCUUCCAAUUCAGCACCUGAGCAUCCAGGGUCGUAUUACCAAUGGAAAUCUUGCUUCUGAGGGACAGGUGCCCUAUAUUGUGGGCGUAAGCUUGAAUGCCAAUGGAAACUGGUGGUGGUGUGGUGGCUCUAUUAUUGGUCACACCUGGAUCCUUACUGCUGCCCAUUGUACUGCAGAGGCAAACGAGGCUAUCCUGUACUACGGAGCCACCAACUACAACCAGCCUUCUCUGAGGCACACCGUCGGCCGGGAGAACUUCAUCAUGUAUCCCGAUUACCGUGGUCUCGAUCAGGAUAUCUCUCUGAUCCGCACGCCCCAUGUCGAUUUCUACAGCCUGAUCAAUAAGAUCGAGCUUCCCAGCCUGGACGACCGGUACAACUCCUAUGAAAACUCCUGGGCCCAGGCCGCUGGCUGGGGCGCCAUCUACGAUGGCAGCAAUGUGGUUGAAGAUCUCCGGGUUGUGGAAUUGAGAGUCAUUUCUGUGGCCGAGUGCCAAGCUUACUUUGGAACCGAAACCGCCUCUGAGAACACCAUCUGUGUGGAGACUCCCGACGGAAAGUCCACUUGCCGGGGUGAUUCCGGUGGCCCCCUGGUCACUUUGGAUGGAAACAAGCUGAUUGGAGUUACCUCUUUUAGUUCCGAUUACGGUUGCCAGGUGGGAGUCAAUCAGUUGCAAGACUUGAUCAAAAUGAAACUGUUCGUAUUCCUGGCCCUGGCCGUGGCGGCUGCCUCGGCUGUGCCCACUCCAUUCCAGAAGCAGACCCCGGUGCCCGUCAAGGACAUCCAGGGUCGCAUCACCAACGGCUACCCCGCCUACGAGGGCAAGGUGCCCUACAUCGUCGGCCUGCUCUUCAGCGGCAACGGUGGUAACUGGUGGUGCGGUGGCUCGAUCAUCGGCAACUCCUGGGUCCUGACCGCUGCUCACUGCACCAACAACGCUGAUGGCGUGACCAUCAACUACGGUGCUAGUAUCCGCAACCAGCCCCAGUACACCCACUGGGUCGGCAGUGGCGACAUCAUCCAGCACCACCACUACAACAGCGGCAACCUUCACAACGACAUCUCCCUGAUCCGCACCCCCCAUGUUGAUUUCUGGAGCCUGGUGGACCGUGUUGAGCUGCCCAGCUACAACGAUCAGUACCAGAGCUACGCCGGCUGGUGGGCUGUGGCCUCCGGAUGGGGCGGUACCUACGACGGCAGCCCUCUGCCUGACUGGCUCCAGAGCGUGGAUGUCCAGAUCAUGUCCCAAGACGACUGCAGCCGCACCUGGUCCCUCCACGACCACAUGAUCUGCAUCAACACCGACGGCGGAAAGUCCACCUGCGGCGGUGACUCCGGCGGCCCUCUGGUGACACAUGACGGAAACCGGCUAGUUGGCGUGACCUCCUUCGGUGCUGCUGCCGGCUGCCAGGCCGGAUACCCUGCUGUGUUCACCCGUGUUACCGGUUACUUGGAUUGGAUCCGCGACAACACUGGAAUCAGUUAUUAAGCAGUUUCAAUAAACGAUUUGUGCAUUAAACAA